AAAAUGUUCGUAAAAUAACUCAACUUAAAACCUUAAAAAACGCAUAAAAAUCUAGAGAAAACCUAAAAAAAAGCUAAACCCCUAAUAUCUGGGAAAUAUAAAUACCUUAAAUCUCAGCUUGAAAAUGCUUUUGAGCAAUCAGCCGGCGAAUACGAAACCGCAGCAAACGACUUCGCCGUCGCAGACGCAGAACUUCAAGACGAAGUUGCAGCAGCAGAUUGUUUCGGCAGCGGCGGUGGCAGCGGCGAAUAUUGCCAACGGCAGCAGCAGUCAUCAUCACCAGCAACCCCACCACCAGCAUCAUCAUCAUCAUCAUCAUCUUCAUCAUCCGCUGAACAACCAUCAUAAUCACAAUCACAAUCAGCACAACAUUUCCUUCGCCACGGAUUUCUCAAUUGCGGCGAUUAUGGCGCGAGGCGGAAACGCCCCAAGCAGCCGGGAACCUUCCGAACGGAGUCUGAGCCCCGCAUCCGUGGAGCGCUAUUCUGGCCAGGAUGCGGACGAUGAUGUUGACGUUGAUGUGGUCGACUGCAGUGACUCGGAAAUGCCGACGGCGACGGCGGCAACGGCAACAGCGGCGGCUGCAGCGGCAGCUUUGCAGGCGCAGCAGCAAGCGCGUCAGGCAUUGCGUGUUGCACAGCAACAACAACAACAGCAGCAGCAGCAACAACAACAACAACAAAGGCAGCAGACACAUCACCAUGCAACGGCAAACAAGCAACAACGCCAACAUCACAAUCAUCACAGCAGCAACAGCAACAACAGCAACUCAGGCAACAGCAACAGCAACAGCAAAUCAAGCAGCCAUCGAGGGCGUUCUUCUGCCGCAGUUGGAGCCGCUGCCACGCCCUCGCCGCCACCGCCACCGCCCUCGCAAAGUCCCGAGGAACAUGAACGCCUGUCGCCAGAGGAAUCGCCAGCUCAGCAGCCCACGCCCAAGAUAGUGGGCUCUUGCAAUUGCGACGAUCUCACGCCCGUCCAGUGCCACCUGGAGACCAAGGAGCUGUGGGAUAAGUUCCAUGAAUUGGGCACUGAAAUGAUCAUUACCAAAUCGGGCAGACGCAUGUUUCCCACCGUUCGAGUGAGUUUCUCGGGUCCUUUGAGGCAAAUCCAACCUGCAGACCGAUAUGCCGUACUCUUGGACGUUGUGCCGCUGGACUCGCGGCGUUACCGUUACGCCUACCAUCGCAGUUCGUGGCUGGUGGCCGGAAAAGCAGACCCACCGCCUCCUGCCCGUAUUUACGCCCAUCCGGAUUGUCCCCUCAGUCCGGAGGCACUGAGAAAGCAGGUCGUCUCCUUCGAAAAGGUGAAGUUGACAAACAACGAGAUGGACAAGAGCGGACAGGUCGUGUUGAACUCAAUGCAUCGGUAUCAGCCCAGGAUCCACUUGGUCCGCCUGAGCCAUGGCCAGAGCAUACCCGGCAAUCCCAAGGAGCUGCAGGAUAUGGACCAUAAAACCUUCGUUUUCCCGGAGACCGUGUUCACGGCCGUGACGGCCUAUCAGAAUCAAUUGAUUACCAAACUGAAAAUCGAUUCGAAUCCGUUUGCCAAGGGAUUUCGCGAUUCGUCGCGUCUCAGCGACUUUGAUAGGGAUCCCAUGGACGCCUUCUUCUUCGACCAGCACAUGAGAACGGCUCCUCUGCGCUUUUUCCCAGACCCGCUGAUGUCCCAGUUGACUCCUCAAGAGGCCGAUGCCGCCUCCUUGGCUUUGCUGGAGAAAGCCCGCCAGCAUUUGCAAAUGUUCGGAAGAUCGCCGUAUACGGAGAUGUUGCUGCCACAUUUGUACCAACGUUCGGCGGCACCACCACCACCACCUCCGCCAGCCUCUCACCUCAGCGCCUUUCAGCUGGGCAUGUGGCAGCAACAGUGGCCGCAGCUAACGGCCGGCUUCUUGGCCAGUGCCAAUCAGCAGGCAGCUUUGGCCUUGGCAGCAGCGGGCGCUAAUCGAACGCCACCCCCACCCAUGGCGGUGGCACCACCAGCACCUGCAACGCCCACCUCUUCGUGCGGCUCGGCCUCGCCGGAUUUGAGAGCCCGCCCGCAGUUGAGUCACUAUCCACAGAGGUUUAGUCCUUAUCAGGUGCCCCAGCAUCAGGCAUCGCCGCCAGCCUCUAGUAGGGCUGAGAGUCCUUAGGUUAAGCGAAUUAUUAACAAAGCUAACUAAACCACCCAUUCCCCUAUUUUGCCCCACCCAAAAUGAUAGGCUAGUGUGGUCUUUGAGUCUCAGGGAAAGUUUGUAAUUUUUCAGGAAUUUUUAAGGUAUUAAAAAAUCUUAAUUUUUGUGCACUAAAU